AGGGAAACCGAAACCGAAGCGGGUCGUCCCCUCCCCGGGCCGCCAGGCAGGCGCGCGGGAGCCGGAGCCCAGCCGCGGAGCCGGGAGCCGGGCGCAGAGCCGGGACCGCGGGCACCUCGGGGUCGCGGGUGUUGAGGCCGCUGCAGCGGCGGCCCCUCCCUCCUUUCUGUCGAGUCGCCGGCCCGCGAGGCCCGGCCCGGGAGCGGCGCGCAAAAUGGGCAGGUGCUGCUUCUACACGGUCGGGACGCUGUCCCUGCUCCUGCUGGUGACCAGCGUCACACUGCUGGUGGCUCGGGUUUUCCAGAAGGCCGUGGACCAGACCAUCGAGAAGAAUAUUGUAUUAAGGAAUGGUUCCGAGACCUUUGAUUCCUGGAAGAAGCCCCCUCUGCCUGUGUAUGCCCAGUUCUAUUUCUUCAAUGUCACCAAUCCAGAGGAGAUCCUCAGAGGGGAGACUCCCCGGUUAGAAGAAGUGGGGCCAUAUACCUACAGGGAACUUCGAAGCAAAGCAGAUAUUCAAUUUGGAGAUAAUGGAACAACAAUAUCUGCUGUUAACAACAAGGCCUAUGUUUUUGAACGAAAUCAAUCUGUUGGAGAUCCUAAAAUUGACUUAAUUAGAACGUUAAAUAUUCCUGCAGUGACUGCCAUGGAAUGGGCCCAGCUCCGCUUCCUCCGGGAGCUCAUCGAGGCCCUGCUGAAGGCCUAUCAGCAGACGCUCUUUGUGACACACACCGUGGACGAACUGCUCUGGGGCUACAAAGAUGAGAUCCUGUCCCUCAUCAGUGUUUUCAAACCGGAGAUCUCACCCUAUUUUGGCCUGUACUAUGGGAAAAAUGGGACUAAUGAUGGAGACUAUGUUUUUCUAACGGGAGAAGAUAAUUACCUUGACUUUACAAAGAUUGUGGAAUGGAAUGGAAAAACGUCACUUGACUGGUGGACAACGGACAAGUGCAAUAUGAUUAAUGGAACAGACGGAGAUUCUUUUCACCCGUUAAUAAACAAAGAUGAAAUUCUUUAUGUCUUCCCAUCUGAGUUUUGCAGAUCAGUGUAUAUAACCUUCAGUGACUUUGAGAGUGUGCAGGGACUGCCUGCUUUUCGGUAUAAGGUGCCUGGAGAAGUACUAGCCAAUACCUCGGACAAUGCCGGCUUCUGUAUACCUAAAGGAAACUGCCUGGGCUCAGGAGUUUUGAAUAUCAGCAUCUGCAAGAAUGGUGCACCUAUUAUUUUAUCUUUCCCACACUUCUACCAAGCAGAUGAGAGGUUUGUUUCUGCCAUAGACGGCAUGCAUCCCAAUAAGGACUAUCAUGAGACAUUUGUGGACAUUAAUCCUUUGACUGGAAUUAUUCUAAGAGCUGCCAAGAGGAUCCAAAUCAAUGUUUAUGUGAGAAAGUUUGACGACUUUGUUGAAACGGGAAGCAUUAGAACCAUGGUUUUCCCAGUGAUGUAUAUCAAUGAGAGUGUUCUCAUUGAUAAAGAGACUGCGAGUCGACUGAAGUCUGUGAUAAACACUACUCUGAUCAUCACCAACAUACCCUACAUUAUCAUGGCGCUGGGUGUUUUGUUUGGUUUGAUCUUCACCUGGCUUGCAUGCAGAGGACAGGGAUCCAUGGAUGAGGGAACCGCAGAUGAAAGAGCACCCCUCAUACGAACCUAACUGUGGCCCGAGCUUGGGGAAGGAACCGUGUGAGCUGUCCUAACCUGGACCACAACGUGAGGAAACUAUCCACGUCUUCAUGGACAUGGUGCCUGCUGCAGAGAGGAGGGAGGAGACCCCGUGCUGGCAAGCGACGAGAGCAUUCCGGCAGGAGGUUAAAGAACAGACUGAUAUGGUUGGCCAUUAGGCUUUAUAAAAUUUUUUUGUUUUUCAUGUGUCUAGCAAGUAUUUAAUAAACUCUUGUAUAGUAAUUUUUGUUGUUGGGUGCUGGUAGCUCCAGAAUUCUGUGACCACCGUUGUGGUUAAAAUAUGUCUGCAUCACUUGUUAACGUUCCUUGGUCUAACCUUAGUAAGUAUGCUUCAUUUACCAAACUUUGUGCUCAAAAUAUAUAAAUACUAUUUUACGUUGUAUUCCUCCAUUCAUUUCACCCCCAAAACAGAAGUAAAUACGAGUUCGGAACCCAGGGUAAAAUAGUAGCCUCAUUCAGUACAUCACUAAAAUGCAUCUAGUUUCCUCUUUUUAAAAAGUUACAUAAUUAUAUUUCAUAUGCUAACCUUCAGUUCAUAAUUCCUCCAAGAAAUUAAUUCAGUCUUUUGACUUUCAAACUGUCUGGGAACCAAGCAGGGAAGGGGUUGGGUGGGGUGAGGUAGGCAGUGGGGCAGUAACCGUCAAGUUGAUUGAUAGUGAUAAGCACCUGCGGAUUUUUUACUUGUACUUUUGUGAAUCGAGAGAAUGCACAAAUAAUGUUGGUGAGGACAAGUACAGAUAUUUCAUAUGAAGUAGAAGGAAAUGCUAGUUAUGACAUUUGUGGGUAGUUUGUUGUUUUUUUUUAGUCAGAAUGAUCUUGAUGGGGAAAGGUGCUUCUGGGAGGUAUCAUCAGUAACUGAUUUUUCCUCCAGUCAUCCUUGCCAAAUAUGAUACUGUAUUAAUUACAAUACUAUUGAGUUACUUUGCAAAAUUAUUUAUGAAUAUGGGAAACCCAUUCAUCCACAGCCCAAGUUACACAUACAUUUUGGGAAGUCUGACUGCACUAACAAAACGUUUCUUCUGGGGAAGUUUUCUUGGGAACUUUGAAAUUGUUUUUGUAAGUUGUUUUUCUUUUCUCACAUUUGGUCCCUUCCAGUGUUCUGUGGGUCACUGUCACUCACUGAAUAGAGAAAAAUGUGCCCUACACUUCCUGUGACAAUCAUUUUGCUGACAGAAUGAAUGAUGGUGUUUUAAAAUAUUGUACAGAAAAUGCUUUAAAGAAAGGUCCCUUGGGAUCCAGAAGCAGCGUCUUCUCAGAAGACCUUUUGACUUUCAAUGCAACCUAAGUCAGUCAGAGGAUAGGAACCGUCGUAUGUCACAAAAUCCAAGCCCGUUUAAGAGCAUUUUCUU